CCCAGGGGCGGGGCGCCGCCGACCCGAGGCGGGCUGCUUUAGUGCGGCGGAGCAGCGGGGGAAGAUGGCGGCCGCUGUGCCCCAGCGGGCGUGGACCGUGGAGCAGCUGCGCAGCGAGCAGCUGCCCAAGAAGGACAUAAUCAAGUUUCUGCAGGACCACGGUUCAGAUUCGUUUCUUGCAGAGCAUAAAUUAUUAGGAAACAUUAAAAAUGUAGCUAAGACAGCUAAUAAGGAUCAUUUGGUUACAGCUUACAAUCAUCUUUUUGAAACUAAGCGUUUCAAAGGUACUGAAAGCAUAAGUAAAGUGACUGAUCAAGUGAAAAAUGUGAAGCUCAAUGAAGAAAAACCCAAGGAAACCAAGUCUGAAGAGAUUCAAGAUGAGGGUCCACCAAAAUACACAAAAUCUAUUCUGAAAAAGGGAGAUAAAACCAACUUUCCCAAAAAGGGAGACGUUGUGCACUGCUGGUACACAGGGACGCUGCAGGAUGGGACAGUUUUUGAUACUAAUAUUCAAACAAGUUCAAAGAAGAAGAAAAAUGCCAAGCCUUUAAGUUUUAAGGUUGGAGUUGGCAAAGUUAUCAGAGGAUGGGAUGAAGCACUCUUGACUAUGAGUAAAGGGGAAAAAGCUCGACUGGAGAUUGAACCAGAAUGGGCUUAUGGAAAGAAAGGACAGCCUGAUGCCAAAAUUCCGCCAAAUGCAAAACUCAUUUUUGAAGUAGAAUUAGUGGAUAUUGAUUGAAACAGCAAGACUUAAGAUCUGAAGACAUCAGUGUGAUUAAAACUUGGCCUUGAAACUUAAGUAACUAGAACUUGUUAUUAUUGUAAAGAAUCAACUGGAAAUUUCAGAGAGUUAAGUAAAACUUACUUGAUCACAUUUUUUGAGAAAUGU